CGACCUAGCAAUUAUCCCCCGCGCCGUUUCGUCUCGUGUCGUUCCGCCGUGCGGCUCUGCUUUGGUUCAGGGGUAAAAGAAAAAAAAAAACUAAUGGGCGGGCGAUGGAGGCCUACCUCGGGAAUGAAGGGUUUAAGAACCAGCCUCUCCACCCUGCCUCUCUCACGCCUUCAGUUCAUCCGCUGCCGUUCCCUUCAUUCUCGCUGCCAGGAGCAUACCGACCAGUGUACCAUUCACUCUUUUUUCUGUUCUUCUCCGCUCAGCCACUCACUGUGCCCUGUACCUUGUUCGCUGCGGCUGGCUCGCGUCUAUCUUUGUUCAUUCUUUGUCGUGCCAAGCGUAAGCUGCACCUGCACUGCACACCUGCAACCGCCACCUUCAUUCAGCGCUCAGCCUGGUCGGACAAGACAAGACAUAUAUAACUGUCACCUCGCCGCCUAUUUACGAUACCCCCUUCAAAUCACAUCCUCAAUACCUCACCUUCUUCUGCAAUCAUGAAGUUCUCUGCCAUUUCUCCCCUGCUCCUCGCCUUUGCGGGCGUGGCCCUGGGCAGCCUCAACGCCACCACCAUCAUCGCCGAGAUCGCACCCGGCUCCGAGAGCUGCGACGCGGCCAACACGGAAUGCCGCACCGCCGCGCAGGCCGGGCCGCUGAUCGCCAAUGCCAUGUGCAAGUACGGCAUCUACAACGUCAACCAGAUGGCCGCCAUCGUCGCCCUCAUGGCCUUCGAGUCCGUCGACUUCGCCUACAAGCACAACGUCUCGCCAGGCCGGCCGGGCCAGGGCACCGCCAACAUGCAGAUGGCCGCCUACAACCUGCUGUACGCCAAGUCGCUGGACGGCGUCAAGGACAAGGUUGCCGACGUCUCCUCGGUCGACGGGCUCUCCGAUGACAAGCUCAACGAGAUCCUGGCUCUCGUCACCCCCGACGAGUACAACUUUGGCAGCGGCCCUUGGUUCAUCACCACUCAGUGCGAGGCCAGCGUUCUCACAGGGCUCGCUACGGACAUUGAUACCGGCUUCCAGUCCUACAUGGAUUGCAUCGGGACAACCCUCACCGACGAGCGAACAGCGUACUUGACGCGGGCGAAGGAGGCCUUUGGCAUCAACUAAGUCAGCCUCAGGGCGUUGGUGGCGAUUCUAGUUUAGCAAUUUUGUAAAAUACCAAAAUAUAUCCUGAAUAUUUACA